AGGCGUCCCGUUUGGAAGUGUCCAAGGAGACCGCCAGAAGUGCGCCAGCCGAGUCUGGGAGAGUUUCCUUCUGGCCGAGAGGGGGAGCCCUGCGUUCCCAGCCAGGAGCGACCCGGAGUCCCGAGCCUCCAGCCCCAGCCGCCCGCCAGCGCCAGUUUUGGCUUCAGCCGAUUAGGAAGAGGAGGGAGGGGGCAGAGAGCGCGUAGAGGGAGGGGACCGGAGCUGGAGGGUCCCGAGUCCAGCACCGUGUUGACGUAGAGAAACUUUCCCUCUCGGCCACGGAAACGGCGCCCCGGCUGAGCUGGAGCGGAGAUCUCCGGGCUCCGAGGACGCGGCGGCUCUCCACGCCCCUGCCCGGAGCCUGACCCGACUGCAUCAGUCAGUAAGUUAUAUGUGAGUCCGUCUGAUAUACACAAGAGAGGAAGCAAUUGAAGGAGAAUUCGGAUGGGCAGUGUUGGUGAUUGAAACCUUCCAAAGUCAGAUGUCUGUGUAUUCUUUCAACUAUAUUUGCACAUACCUACCCAGGAUAUAAAGGGCUAUUGAACUGCACAUCUAUUUGGCUGAUUCUCAUCAUGAACCGUGCUUUUAGCAGGAAGAAAGACAAAACAUGGAUGCAUACUCCAGAAGCUUUAUCAAAACACUACAUUCCCUAUAAUGCAAAGUUUCUUGGCAGCACAGAAGUGGAGCAGCCCAAAGGAACAGAAGUUGUAAGAGAUGCUGUAAGAAAACUAAAGUUUGCAAGACAUAUCAAGAAAUCUGAAGGCCAGAAAAUUCCGAAAGUUGAGUUGCAAAUAUCAAUUUAUGGAGUAAAAAUUCUAGAACCCAAAACAAAGGAAGUUCAACACAAUUGCCAGCUUCACAGAAUAUCAUUUUGUGCAGAUGACAAAACUGACAAGAGGAUAUUCACUUUCAUAUGUAAAGAUUCUGAGUCAAAUAAACAUUUGUGUUAUGUAUUUGACAGUGAAAAGUGUGCUGAAGAGAUAACUUUAACAAUCGGCCAAGCAUUUGACCUGGCAUACAGGAAAUUUCUAGAAUCCGGAGGAAAAGAUGUUGAAACGAGAAAACAGAUUGCAGGGUUACAGAAAAGAAACUUAGUGUUCUCAUGUGACUUUGCUUCACUUCCUGAUGCUUCUCAUGGGGAUCAGAGCAGCAGAAGCAGCAGAUGCUGGAUUCAAGACUUAGAAACAGAAAAUAUGGAGCUUAAAAACAAAGUACAAGAUUUGGAAAACCAGUUAAGAAUAACCCAAGUAUCAACAUCUCCACUGCGGCACAAAAUGUCUGAUCAUGAGCAACACGGGUUUCAGAGAUGCUCACCCUCUUUCUGGCGUAAUACUGAUGAUUCAUCUCCCUGUCUAAAUAUUUCUUCCAUUACUGUCACUCCUGUCAACUCGCCUGAUUCCAGACUGUCACUGGGACUAUUAAUACCACCACCUUCUAAAUGUGGCCUUCCCAAGCCAGUCAGUGAGAGCAGCAUCCCAAGACCUCAUGCAGGCAGUGUGACACCUAAGUCGCCAUCCACUGACAUCUUUGACAUGAUUCCAUUUUCUCCAAUAUCACACCAGUCUUCAAUACCUACUCGCAACGGCACUCAGCCACCUCCAGUACCUAGUAGAUCUACCGAGAUUAAACGGGACCUGUUUGGAGCAGAACCAUUUGACCCAUUUAACUGUGGAGCAGGGGAUUUCCCUCCAGACAUUCAAUCAAAAUUAGAUGAGAUGCAGGAGGGGUUCAAAAUGGGACUAACUCUUGAAGGCACAGUGUUUUGUCUCGACCCGUUAGACAGCAGGUGCUGAUGUCAAGAACAAGAGGUCCUGAUUCUGUUUAAUUUCUUUUAUAUACAUAUAUAUCACGCAUUACUUAUGACAGGUAUUAUACAUGUGCCAAUAUAUUUUUGAACAUCUUAAGUUUUUGAAAAUCAUAUCAGUAAAAUUUCCUCAUACAAUUCACUGUCGACCUAUAUAACAUUUUGUUAUAAAAACAACUCACUGUAAAGUAAAUCAUACUUUUCUGUUCCUUUCUGUUUCUGUUGUAGAAGAAUUUAUCAUUGAAAGAAAAAUUAUCCAAAUAUCUGCCUGUGUCUGAGGUCUAAAUAAUUGGCUUCUUUAAAUUUAUGUUCAUUCUCCAGGCUGCUAGUUUAUUGAUGAUUUCCCAGAAGCCAUACCUUAAUGAUACCUUCCAAAGUCCUAAAGAGAUAUACCAAUUCCAAAUUAAAUAUGUUCUAUAUUCCAUCCAAUAAACGUGUUACCAUUCAUUAGACAGAUGUCAUUUUAUGUAUGAAGUAUUGUUCAUAUUAGUGGGAAAAUGUAAACUUUGAAUGUAACACCACCAGGUCAUUUUUAGCAGGUAAAUUAACAAAAGUAUAAAUUCCAAUGAGAAAUAAACCAAAUGUAUUUAGAGUAUUUAUUAGUAAAUGCAAGGUAAGAAUGUUAGUUAUUAUUAUCAAUUAUACUCUAAAUAUUUUAUUUAUUUCAUAAGUAAAGAUUGUGGAAAAAAUUGAAAAUUUGCUAUUUACAAAACACUUAAAAUUUAAUUUCUAGUGAGAUAAGUUAAAUUACUAAACAUCUAAACAUCACCUAAUCUGAUGUUUCCUUAAAAACAUUUGUAAUAUAUGCUGUCUAUAGUUGCAGUAUCUAUUACCCAUUUUUACUUUACCAAAUAUAUUUUUUCUCACUGAAUAAGACUAUCCUUCUUAUAUUUUCUCCUUUGAUAAAAUAUUUUCUCACCAAAGCUUAUUUUGUGAUGGCACAUUAGUUUUGAUACUUUAAAAAAAAUCUAUGGCACCUGUUCUUUAUGAAUCAUCAAUAUUAUGUAGCAAAUUUAAUUUUAUUCAUUGUGUUAAAAUCAGAAUCAUUUUUCACGAAGAUCAAAUCGCUGCUCAGUCUUGUCUUUAACAUGAAUAAUAACGUUUUCUUGCACCUGCUUCUUGUUGUGCUGAUGAACUCUGACUUUUAAAAAUGUUUGUUUCCCACACUUUUGCCCAUUGCUUAACAGACUCAAAUCUGUACUCAGCACAGCAAAAAUGUAUGGUCAGAUUUAUAAUUUGGUUUAUCAUAUUAUAGGAAAAAUAAGUUAAAUUAAUGAAAAUGUGAGCUUAGAUGGAGGGUAGAUCUCAAACAUUUUUCUUUUCUUUUAGUCAUGAGAAUUUUCUUCAAGUGCUAAAGAUACAUUUUCACUAGGAAAAGAAAUCAAAUAUGGUUAUGCAAUAUUAUAUUUGUAUGUAUCUCCAGAAUAUUCUAUGGUAUAUAUAAGCCUUCUUGUUUGUUCUCUGUUACCUGCUAAGUUGUACCUUAAUUAGAGGGUAGUAUAUGUUUCAUAAAGAAGAGUCUUUAUAAUUUUGUUGGUCAUAUAGUAUUUUGGAAUUUGUAUAAUGAGGAUGUUUAGAAGCCAUAUCUAUGGCUUUUUUUAACAGAUAGAAUUUGUAUUUUUAUUGUACUUUAAAAGCUUUAUGUAAUAGGUAUAUAUUUAGUGGCAAUUUAUUAUCAAUGGUAACACAAUAGAGUACUAAGAUGGUAUUUGCACAUUUAAGAUAUAUUACUUUACCAAUUUUUAAUGGUAAUCAAUUCUGCUACUGGCAUGAUUAAAUAGUGCAUAAUUGGUCGUUAAUUAAGAACAUUUAUUUCACCGAUGCAUUUUUAUGAAGAUCCAGUUGAAAAUUGUAUUUCUAUGUAAAUUCAAUGAUAUGUUUGAUUUUGCUGAGAAUAAAUGACUUUAAAUAA